AUGACUCAUCUUGUCAUCAAUGCUCCACCUGGACCUGAACCUGAACCCGAACCUGAACCUGAAACUGAACCCGAACCUGAACCUGAACCUGAACCUGAAAACCUGAACCUGAACCUAAACCUGAACCACCUCCUGCAGACUGACAGAUACAUUCACCUCCCACACUGCUCUCGGGAGUCUCCGGGAGAAUCUGCGUAUGGCACAGUAACUGUAAUACUGAAAGGAGUUACCAUUUGUCUCUCUGAUACAGAUUUAUAUAGGAAGAUAUACAUACUUUACCGCUCCAGCACCGAUCACAGUGAACUUCACCUGGUUUGUUCUGUGAGUUAUGGUGGUGGCUAUUCCCGUGCUGACUGGACCUGGUCACCUCAUCCCCUUCAACAGUGGAAAGUAAUAGCAACUGCAGAACGUUCUCAGCCCACCAUCAUCAAUGUCAAUGGGACCAACUUCGUGAAUCGACUGGUGACCUCAGGGAAACUCUUCGAUGGCAAGGAUUUCAAUGUGAGGAUUGUCCCCGUUGUAUUUCAAGAUGCCGGACUUUACAUCUGUUUUCUGGAACAAAAUCUAUUUCCCACCAUUGAUCUAAUCACAGUGAAAGUCACAGCUGAACCGUCUGAUGCAGUGACUGAGGGAGACAACGUUACCCUGACCUGCUCUGUGUCUCACGUCCCUGGGUCAAUGAGACUGGUUUGGAUCAAUGACGAUGGCAAACGUGUUGGAGAAAAGACACUGACUGAGGAAGAUAAAUCACCGAGUCUGGUUAUUCAGAAAGCUGAGAGAGGCCGAGGGAACUGGAGAUGUGUUUUGUUUCAUCAAGACCUGCCCCGGCUUUUUGUCCCGUACUAUCAGAAGGACAGUAAAAUCAAUGUGACCCCAGUACCUGAGAUGAGCCGUGUUACUGAAUAUAUGUCUGUGAGUAGGAACACAAAGCAACAAGGUAAAUAGAUGACUCUGUCAAUGAAUCUCUAGUUGUACAGGUGUUGUAUUUGAUGAAGCAACCUAUUUCACAUUUCACAUAUUAUUACUGAUGAAAUGUGGGAAAAGACAUGUCUUUUGGGUCAUACGUUAACACACAAGGAUAAAUAUGGGCCAGUAAACCAGGAGACCAAGGUAUGUAUCUCCACUGCACUUUGGUGGUUCAAACUGCAAGUGAAAACUUUGCCUUGUGUACCAUCCUGGUCAUAAUUUAGGGAACACUGUGUUUCCAUGGACUCUGAUUUUAUACACAAGGUCUUAUCCCACAAUUAAAUGUAUCUGACAUACAUCUGAAGUCAUGUUCCUGGUCAUUCUGGUGGAUCUCAUUAUUAAUGGGGCACAGUUUAAACACUGGAUUGUUGCUUCUUUAAAAUCAAACCAAAUUAAAGUCUUAAUCAGAAAAUAAUACUUAUUUUCCAGA